AUGUUAAGACAAGUCGUAUCAAAGAGAUCUAUUGCUUCUUUCACUAAAAAUCAUAAUAUCGUCCCAAAAAAAUAUGGUGGUCGUUAUACUGUUACUUUAAUUCCGGGCGAUGGUAUAGGUAAGGAAGUUACUGAUUCUGUUGUCAAAAUUUUUGCAUCUCAAGGUUUACCAAUCGAUUGGGAAAGAAUUGAUGUACCAGGCAUGUCCAAUGAAAAUGAAGUUAAGAAAGCUGUGGAAUCAUUGAAAAGAAAUAAAAUUGGUUUAAAGGGUAUCUGGCACACCUCGGCUGACCAGACUGGGUAUGGUUCUUUGAACGUUGCCUUAAGAAAGCAACUAGACAUUUUCGCAAACGUCGCUAUAUUCAAAUCCCUAAAAGGUGUUAAAACAAAAAUCCCAGAUGUUGAUUUGGUUGUGAUAAGGGAAAAUACUGAGGGUGAAUAUUCUGGUUUAGAACAUGAAUCUGUCCCAGGUGUUGUGGAAUCUUUGAAAAUAAUAACAAAACCAAAGACAGAAAGAAUUGCAAGAUUCGCUUUUGAUUUUGCUUUAGAAAACAAUAGAAGUACAGUCACCGCUGUUCAUAAAGCUAAUAUCAUGAAGUUAAGUGAUGGUCUAUUCAAAAACACUGUCGCCGAGGUAGGUGAAAAAGAAUAUCCAGACAUUAAAGUCAACACAAUCAUUGUCGACAAUGCAUCCAUGCAAGCAGUCGCUAAACCACAUCAAUUCGAUGUCAUGGUUACACCUUCUAUGUAUGGUACCAUUUUAGGUAACAUUGGUGCCGCUUUGAUUGGUGGUCCAGGUUUAAUUCCAGGUGCAAACUACGGUAGAGAACAUGCCGUUUUUGAACCAGGUUCAAGACAUGUCGGUUUGGAUAUCGAAAAUCAAAAUAUCGCAAAUCCAACAGCAAUGAUUUUAUCUGCUACUCUAAUGUUGAAUCAAUUAGGUUUGAGAGAGGAGAGUAAGAGAAUUAGUAAUGCUGUUUAUGCAGUAAUUGAGGAAGGUAAGACUACAACUAAGGAUAUUGGCGGCAAUGCUUCGACAACCGAGUUCACAGAUGCUGUAAUUGAUAAAUUAAACGCACAAUAA